AUGACCUCGCCCAUAAUUGAUACCUCUAUUCCUAUUUCGCCCAGACAUGUUCCCCACAGGGUCUUCAGCGAAUGGCGGACACAUGUAAUUGCUCUAAGGCACGCCAAUAUUUGGCCGGCUGUCGGUGAGGACCACGGAUCGAAGACGGUCGAGAUACUGGGUCUCGCGGCGUAUCGCGGCUCCGUCAACACCUUCAAGCAAGUCCUCAGUCAUUGUGCGGUGUUUUUGGACCCCGAAGAUCCUGCAUAUGACACUGUUCUCGUGUCGGCAGUCCUGGGCAAGCAACCAAAGACAGUCCAGCUAUUUCUUGAGGCCGGGUUUGAUGUCAACGAAAAGGGUGAAGAAGAUAGCGUGGAGCAGUCCGACAGUGCCCCCAAGCCCCUACAGGCUAUGUCUCGAAAUGACAUGUUGUGGACGCAGUUUCUGGUCUUCAAGGAGAUCAGGUGCUACUACUGGCGUGCCAUUAGCCCUGUUCCAGAUUUUUGA